CGAUUGGCUGACGCGGCCCUGAGGGCUCCUGCCGGGCCGCGGCCCCCCGCCCCCCUCCCCGGUGCAUCGCGGCGGCCUGAGGUGAGGGGGGGGGCACGGCGGCGGUGGGCAGGGGCGAGCGGGGCCCCCACCGUCCACGGCUGAACCUGAAAAGACCAAUACCAACUGCUGCAGUCAGGCUUCGUGACAAGAAGUUGCUUUUCAGAGGAAGGAGCUGUAGUGCUCUGCUGGCCUGUCAGCAGAUUUCUGACAACUCCAGACCCUGUUUGCCCUCGCAGCUGGGAUUUUGCCAUCCCAAACUAGAUAUCUGCCGUUUCCCGCAUUGAUACAAGGCGGUGUGUGAAUUGCAACUGCCAGCUACGUCGCUAAAGGGCGAGGACUCUGUUUUUUUUUUUUUUUUUUUUCCUCCUCCUGUAUAGCUGGACAUUAGAGUAAACACGCUGAGAUGUCUAAAAAGCAAAAUACAAAAGAUCUGUCUGGGUUUAUUUUUGAUGUGCAGUCCAAUACUGUGAUGGCCCAAGGAGGAACCUUUGAAAACAUGAAGGAGAAGAUCAGUGCAGUGCGUGCAAUAGUCCCCAACAGGAGCAACAAUGAGAUCGUCCUUGUGCUGCAGCAUUUUGACAACUGUGUGGACAAAACAGUGCAAGCCUUUAUGGAAGGCAAUGCCAGUGAAGUACUGAAAGAAUGGACUGUAACAGGCAAAAAAAAGAACAAGAAGAAGAAAACCAAACCGAAACCGCAAGCUGAAUCGAGCCCUGGCCUCCCAGACCCUGGUAAAUUGGUGUCCACUGAAGAGGAGCAGUCGGCGAACUCGGAGAAGGGUGGAAUUAACGGUUUCCAUGUCAACGGCUGUGCCCACGACACGGAGUCUGUGGACUCGCUCAGCGAAGGUUUGGAUGCACUUUCAAUUGAUGCCCGAGAGUUGGAGGAUUGUGAGUCUGCUGCACCAGACAUGCCUGAUAGAACAGUGCCUGAACUAGAGAAUGGAAUAGCAGACUUUGACACAAAAUCGCUCAUCAUGCAUCCUUCCCAGAGCUCUGCAUCUCUUAGACAGCGGCCUGAGCAGAGGAGCACUAGCAGGUCUCUGUCCAGAUCAACAGCGAGCAAUUCAACUCCUGCGUCCCUGUCUGUAACGCGGCUGGAAGAUGUUCCAGUUUCACCUGCAAACAAGAAGCUAGGUUCUAAUAUUGAAAAAUCAGUGAAGGAUCUCCAGCGCUGCACUGUUUCACUGGCUCGGUACCGGGUUGUGGUGAAGGAGGAAAUGGAUGCUUCCAUUAAGAAGAUGAAGCAGGCCUUUGCUGAACUGCAGAGUAGCCUUAUGGAUCGCGAGGUGGCGUUGCUGGCUGAAAUGGACAAAGUGAAAGCAGAAGCAAUGGAAAUUCUAGUCAGCCGCCAGAAGAAGGCAGAAGCCCUGAAGAAAAUGACUGAUGUGGCAGUGCGAAUGUCGGAGGAGCAGCUGGUCGAGCUCAGAGCUGACAUAAAGCACUUUGUGAGCGAACGGAAGUACGAUGAGGACCUGGGCAGGGUGGCGCGGUUCACGUGCGACCUCGAUGCGCUGAAGAAGAGCAUUGCCUCGUUCGGCCAAGUUUCCCAUCCAAAGAACAGCUACUCCACCCGAUCGCGGUGCAGCUCCGUCAUGGCUGUGUCCCUGAGCAGUCCCAGCGAGACCUCUGCUCCCUCCACCCCUGCGUGUGCCUCUGCCUCUGCUGCAAGCCUUACCACAGCGAGCAAGAAGCCCUCGUCCUCAGCGGAGGCAGCUGUGGGGAACGCCGGCGGCCGCCCUCCCCAGCCUUCGCGAGAGGCUUUCCAGGGGAACAGGAGACCGGGACGGGACCCAGGUCCCAGGGCCAGCGCCACAUCGGCCCCCCCCGGACGCUCCAACAACGGCAACCGACACAAGAACGGGCCGGGCCAGGCCCACGGCAGGGCGGCAAACCUCGCCCCUGGCAGCCUCCGCUGCCAGCCCCGGCCAGACUCAGCCCACGGGCACCAGCGGUGCCUCGGCGCAGCCGGGCCGGCCCGGUCCCCCUCCCUCCGGCACAGAGACCAAGGGGCUCCCGCAGCGUAAGCCCAGAGCCAGUCGGCAGGAGGGAGCGAACUCCUGAGAGCCCCGGGCUCUCCCUUCCUGCCACAAGUCCAACGUGAGAACCAGACUGUAGGAAGCUCCUAGCUAGGAUACUAACGAAGGAAAGUUUACACUUCUCAUUUUUUGUGCCAUUUUUUGUCCCCCCCCCCCCCUUUCCCCCCCCUCGUCUGCUUUGUGUUCUUCUCACGCCUGCGCUGCACCCUCGGAGUGGGUUCAGGCCUCCCCCAGCUCUUGCCCUUUUCCUUUCCCCUCCAGAAAUUGCCUUUUGUCUGCAAAAUCGCUGACAGCGCUGGCCAAAAACCCAGUCCCUGGUGGGUUUGGUUUUUUUUGUUUUUUUUUUCCCCCUUAUGUGCACCAACAUCUAUCUGGGCCUUGCCUCGGAGGAACGGCCGGCGACAGCCCAUCCCUCGUGCUGGCAGCGAGGAUGAGUGCUGGGACAUGGGGGCUGCGGGUGUCCCCUCUCCCCUGGGGACAGGCAGGAAUCUGGCCCCCUCCUCUCCGGGCUGUGACACGGGGCUGGGGACCUGCACACUUUGUCCGCACACUUUGCUGUUCUCUGGUUUUUAUGUUGGGGAGCUCUUUUUCUUUUAUUCUCUUGUCCUGCCUUCCCCCCUGCCCCAUCCCCACUUCUCCAGCCCUUCUUCGGCCCUAAAUUAAAUUUAUAGCAAUAUCAAUUAGCAGAGCUAAUCCUAGGUUGACACGGGGUGGAGAUUGCGACAGUCCUUCUUUAUAGCUGUAUGAAUAAAGACGAUGUUCACAGUGAA